AUGCCAAUUCUAGCAUCAAAUGUUCAAGUUGAUUAUAGUGGUAUGGGUUCAGCACUUGCAUCACGAGCUGCAGGUUAUUUAAUAGCGAAUAUUUUUGGUGCUUUUCUGCCAAAUAUUGUCAAACAACAUUCCGAGGGUCUUCUUGUUUGUGCAUUUAUUUUACCUGCUAUUGCCGUUUUUGCUACAUCAUUUGUGACAUCAUUGCUACUUAUGUGUAUUUUAUUUUUUUUUCAAGGUGCUGCUCAAGGUCUUACAGAUUUAGGUGGAACAAAUAUAUUAUUAACAAUGUGGGGUAAAAAUGCAGCGGCUCCAUUAAAUACGGCUCAUUUAGGAUAUGGAGUUGGUGCCAUUAUUGUUAAUUUACUUGUUCGUCCGUUUCUUAGUCAAUCAUCUUUAUCGAUUAAUUCUAAAAAUAACACCGAAGUAAAUUCAACAUUAUCAUCUGUUAAUUCAACAUUAACUAAUUCAUCUAUUAUUGCUCCUUAUUCAAUAACUGCUGUGUUAUGUCUUUUACUUGCUAUUGGACAUAUAUAUUUCUAUAUUGAAGAACAAAAAAAUCAAAAACGAAGAUUAGAAAUUCAACAGGUUGAUUAUUCAUCUGUAAGUACGAAUCCAAUAAAUUCAAAUAAUUUAAUAGAUACAGAUAAAUAUUCUCCAUAUUCUCCUCGUACAUGCGGUCGCGGAUUUUUUCAAUAUGGUUUAACACUUUCAAUAGUAUUUGUUUGUUAUGCAUUUUUUAUUGGAGGAAAUGAUCAAACAUUUUCGAAAUUCUUUUUUACUUAUCUUAAAUAUGACAAAUUUAAGAUAUCAACUGGAGCUGCAAGUUGGGCUACAAUUUUAUAUUGGCUUUCCUAUUCUGUAUGUAUCGUUUGA